AUGGCGGCCGCCAGUCCGCCUGCCUGUGCUACCCCGGAGUCUGGAAACGUUGCGAUAAAGACGGAGCCUUUAGACGGGGAUGAUGCGCCGCCCACGCUGCGGGACGUGCCGGUUCGACGCGACCCGGUGGUGCCGCUGCUGUCCCCGGUGAGCGGGCCGCAGCCGCUCCGCUGGUCUCCGGAUCACCGGCUGUCCGUGUGCACCUCCAGCUCCCUGUCCGUGCUGGAGCUGCUCUACGACAUCCACAGCAGCAGACUGGACCUGAGCCUCAACCGAACCUCCAUCCCUGUCCCGACCCAGACCCACAAGCUGCAGGUCGGACCGCCAGAUGAGCUGUCGCGUGCUGUAAAGAAGUUCUCGUUGGAUCCGGACCCGACUGUGCGGCAGGUCUUUCUGGCGGACACGGUGAUCAACCCAUCAGUCGGGGUUCACAGUGGGAUGAAGUUCGCCAGCUGGUCUCCGCUGGGCUGCGACUCCUGCGGCCGCUGCCUCCUCGCCUGCCUAACGCUCGAUAACCGACUCACCGUUCACAGCAGCCGCGGCCACCUGGAGUGGAAACUGCUGGCCGAUCUUAGCGAGAAUUACGGCGAGCGGCUAAAGGAGCGAGGCUACGCCAAGAAGGAUAGCAACCCCCCGCAGGCGGACCUGUUGGACCUCGCCGAGCUGCAGCGGCGGUUCCGCAUGCAGACCCCUUUAAAGAUGGAGUGGUCGAGCAUUUAUACCAUCAAAAAGGUCCAGGCAGACAACAGCUGCAUGGAUGAAGAGAUGGUUCUCCUCGCCGUCCUGAUGGAAAACGGCGACCUCGUUUUGUGGAAGUUCGUGCUGCCGUUCGCGGACGGCGACGACGUUGUCUUCUACGACCUCAUCGAGUCCGGCGUGAGCAGACCCAGCGACUUGGCGUGGUGGGAGUACGAGAACGGCAAUCAGCGGAUGGGAGGGCUAAUCGUCGGCAGCGAGGUUGGACCCGUCGAGAUCAUGCCGGUCAGCCUGUCGAAAGUGAAGGGCUACUGCACGCUCCGGCUCCCCGUCAUCCUGUGGAAGGAGUGCGACGAGAUCGCAGUGGAAAACAUCCGGUGCUUCCCGGUGAUCCACCCGAUCCAUAAAACCAGCUGCAGCCUCAUCGUCGCCUCAAGGGGUUGCUACAUCUUCUGGUGUUUGCUGAUGGUUUCACCAGACGGACUCAACAUUCACAAUUCCCACAUAACGGGACUCAACUCGCUGCCUGUCGUCUCCUUGGCGGUCAGUCAGCAUGAAGUCGCGGUCUACUCCUGCUCCAUGGACGGUUGGAUCAAAAAACUGACGCCGACGUUCACGGAGAGCUCCGUUAUCUUCAAAGUAGAGGACUUGGUUCAGCCAGAGACCCUUACGGGACGGCGGAUACACGGGAUUGCCAUUAGCCACAACGGCACAUACUUUGCUCUGGUCAGCACCGCGGGGAUUGUCAGUAGCUUCCACCCUAUCCACAAGAACUUCCAGAUCCACUUCCUGACGCUGAAAACUCCUGAAGCGGCUGCAUCGCUCCUGCUCAAGUCCCCUGAGCAGAACCUGUUCAAAACGGCGGACUUGCUCGACCUGGUGAAGUGGCAGGUCCUGAAAACCAAACGCGUCCCUGCGUCGCUCCAGGAGGAGCUCGACCGCAAACUCCAGGAAGUGGACUCGCCGUACUUGUGGCGCAUCAAGCUCUUUUUGGCGCGCGUUCUUCACCUGACCCUGCAGGUGCCGCGCACAGAGAACAAAUGGAAACCCAGGCGGACGGCGGUCAAGGUGUUGGUACAAGAUGAGGAAGAGGACGAGGAAGAGGCUGUUGAGGGGGUGGAAGGCGAGGCUGGUGGAGUUGAAGGGGAAGCAGAGGCCCGAAGGACCGAGAUUCAGACUCUGAUGGAAGCGGCUGAGACGCAUCUGAUGAGGGAUCACAUGAAGAAGGUUUUGGGCGUCGUGUAUCUCAACACCUGGGUGCCUCAGAACAUCUGCAUCCCCACCUGCGGCCUGAUGGACUACCUGUCCAGGGAUCCCAACGACAAAGAUUCAGAGGUUCUGAUCGGCCACAUCCGGAAGAAGCUCAACAAGCAGACGUUCCCGGAGCGCUGCAGCCUCUGUCAAGCCCCGCUGCCCUUCACCGACUGCAAACAAGCCGCCUGCGAAAACGGACACGUGUGGCUCAGGUGCGUGUUGUCAUACCAGGCCUGCCAGACGCUGACGUUCAGACGCUGCCUCCUGCAGGAUUGCAUUGCCAGACUGCCAGAGCCUGAGGGUAAGCGCCACUUUCCAUCCUCCUCCUCCUCCGUUUCGCAGGCUUGUCACCCUCAGCGACAGCCUUCGCCCCGCGCCGGCGCUCAGAUCCACGCCUGGCAUGUCGGGUUUCCACCCGCUUGAGGAGUUAAUACCUAAUAACCAGCGACCGCUUUAGAAAUCAGCCUCAUUUGCUCCGUUUCUGCGUCCCUUUUUUCUUUAAUUUAGUUUAAUUUAGCCACAUUUUUUAAACAUUUAUUGUGUCGUUUAUCAUCUUUUGUGAUAAAUUUCUUAUCUUUAGAAGAUUCUGAUUAAUUGUUGUCAAGAUUACUUCCAGUCAAUAAUGUUUAAAACUCCCCAAAACUGUCCAUAUUGUUACUUUUACUAUUUUUCUCCACUGCUUGAUCAAUUCGAGUAUCAAUUAAUAAGAAAAUAUGAUUAUUGUGUCCUAAAGAAGCAUAUUACAAAAUAUUAUUAAUUUUUUAACAAUAAUUUGAUAUGAUGAAAUACAGAUAAAACGCAUUAAAACACUUACUACUUCGUAUUUUAACAGUAUAAAUCCCAAAUAUACAGUAAAAUGUAUGAUGAGAUUUUGAUUGAUUGUUGUCAUGAUAAAUUCCAAAUAAUAUUUAAAAUCCCCCCCAACUGUCCAUAUAGUGUU